CCAACCGUCCCGCGACUCGCGGGACUGUCCUGCAUUGGGGGCUUGUGUCCCGCGUCCCGCAAGAAAUAUCAAAAUACUAAAGUGUCCCGCAUUUGUCGCUGUCGUGAAAUUCGCUACGCAACUCAAGGCGCUGACGAACAACGGGGCACGGGGAAGCGCGGAGAUCCCUGGUGAACGAUAUGUGAAUCACGAUGGUACAACAUUUUCUAUCCAAGCAUAGCGGGAAGCGACCGUCGUUCCUGCUGGAGAAGUAACGCGCAUACGCCAUUGUGCCUCCCUUCCCUUGGUGGCAAAAUGUUGAAAAAAAACAUUGCUCACCAAAAGUUCAAAAUAAAUUAUUUUCCAAUCGUGCUGUGUCAAUGCAAAAAGAAUGCUGUAAAAACUUUUUUUUUAUAUUGAAGACAACUAAACAAGGCAAGAAAACCAACUCAAAAUGGUCAAAAAUCACAACAUAAGGUUCAAAAUUUGCACAGGAAAAUGUUGGAAAAAAUAAGAAUCCAAAGGAAACCAGAAGCCUUAAAAGAUUUACUGCUUCUUCUAUCCUUUUGAUGAAUUGAGUUCCGCUGCUGUCGAUUUUAUGUUUUCAUCUUAGGCCCCUUUAAUCAGCAUAUGUGGCAUGAAAACUUAAACUAUGUCACUGGGAGUGAAAAUAAUUGCCGCAAUACAAUUUUCAGCUGUAUAAUAUGCUUUCGUUCAAGACAGGACAUUAAAUGCGUUAGCAGAGCCCCAUUUCGUGGCGUGUGUUGAUAAAUUUCCAGGAAUUAUUACUUCUUUCCGUUAUGUUUUUUUUUUUUUAACCUGAGAUUGGUGCACAAGGUAGAAACAAAUGUUUCCUCCUCCUGCUCCAGUCUCGGGUUAAAAGGCAUCGUGGUAACUUUCCACCAGUCCGACUGCAGACUAAGCUCUGGAGUUGCACAGUCGAAAUAUAAUACUGUUCGCUCAUCUGCAAACGCCACUACGUGAGCCCGAUCCAACAGAUCGAAACAUUAGAGAGUUUUAGGGAACCGUUUCUGCACAUCCGAUACACUACGAUGGGCCCUCCGGUAUUAGAACUGCGCGUAUGCGAUUCUUCUGUGGUAGCGCAUGCGCAGUUCGUAUACGUAUUUCGUUACUUUUUUUUCGGUAACGCGUAAAAUACUGUAUUGGCAUCAACUCUCGUAUUACCCUGUCUCGGGUUGCUUCAAAAUGUUCAUUUGGAAACAUACUGAAUUCUAGGCACACUGCGCGUGAUGAUGAUGGUGUACCCUGUUAGCCUGGAGCCCUCACGCGGUCGCUACGAGCACUGGAAGCGAUGGCCUCGGGAUGACCUUUUGCCAGACAUCGAAAGUAUACAGGAGGCACCGGCUGUGCGCCGCCUGCCGACUACAGACCGCAAAAUACGCUACACGUACUGUGCGCGCGCGUGUGUGUGUGUGUAAUAUGUCCGCACAGUGCACAGAUUAUUCGACUUCAACUCAGUUCAUUUGCUACCUCGCAAUAGUCCACUCCUCGCAAUUUACCACGGUCUUACACCUCGCGAACCCCACGCGAUGGCUUUAUGGACCAUUAUUUUUCUGCUCUUUUGUGCGCUUUAAGCAUUCCGUUCGUUUUCCAUGAAGUCGAGGGAGAUCAAACGGCCGUUUAUACGCGAAAGCAUUAACUUUCCAUGGUGCGAGCCGACGUCAUCAGCUUUGAAGCCGCGCCAAAUGGCAGCUAAACUCCCCUCUCCCAAUGAAGCGAGGUAAAGCCGCGAUUUGAAGCCUCCCAGCUUUGCAGCCGCGCAAAAAGCCACGCAAAACGGCAGCUAAAUUCACCUCUCCAAAAGGAGCGAAGUGAAGCCGAAAUCUGAUAGAUCGGCUCCCAUUGGCUGGCGCGCGUCAUAGUUUCAAGGAACGAGGCUCCCAUUGGCUGGCGCGCGUCAGUUUCAAGGAGCGCCACCCCAUGGCGCUGCGGGCCCGCGCCGGUAAAAGGAAGCGGCUGGCUGCGGGGCCAGGCGGGGCCUCCCAGAGCCCGCCCGGGCAGACUCCGGAGCGGCUGCACGGCCAAUGUCAACGCGGCGCGGCCGCUUCAUGAGAGCGCACGCAAGAACGACACUCAUGCUUUCACAUUCACAACUCAUAAGAAGUGCUUAGGUGUCCCUCGAGCCUUCUUUGGUGCCUCCGUCGGGCUGUCGAAUCCUCCCAGCCUGGCUGACCGUAUGAACAAGUCCAGAAACGGGCUCAUGGGCUGUCGUGCUUUUCGUAAAUUCCUUUCCCUCGCCAGCACUCUCUCAUAGCAAACCCCCGUCUUGUGUCACCGUGCGUAAGGCGCGAAGGCUACCGCAUUGGAAGAAAUGGAACGAGUAAUUUCAGUAAUUCGUUACUGAAAAAGAAUUGAAUUACGGUACAAAUUACAUUUUUUUAAGUAAAUAAUUAAAUACUGACUUAUACAAAGGUAACGUAUUACAGGUAAUUUCUUUACUCGUAACUAAUUACUUCCAUGUCUCUUUAAACCAGGUGUGCGUAUAGUGUCGGUGCUUCCCGCUUGUCUCAUUGAAUGAUUUCGUUCUGCUCUUUGGUCUGCUCUUCAUUGAGCCACAGAGAAUGCUAUUUAUAUUCACCUGUGUUUAAAAUCUAAACCCUACAUUUAACCGGUAUACGUAUAUACAGGUUGUACAUUCUAAUGAAACAGUCCGGUAACAAACGAACACAUAUAAACGUUUGCAUUCGGUGUACUGAAGAACGUUCUAAAGCGUGCUCCCCCCCCCCCCUCCCCCCCCCCCCACACACACACACUUUUUUUUUUCAUCGCAAAAAUAAUUAAGUUAUGCGUCGCAAAACACUUAAUCUCCAACCAAAUGUAGCACUAGCGGUCCGGAUCAGAAACCGAAGUUUCAGAAUUAACUCUAGUCUUAUUGAAAAUUUAUGUGCUGUUCUGAAAGUUUCAAUGGGAAAAUGGGGCCCGCGUUUCUGGUAGUUGACGCCAUUCAUCCCCAUGUAUUGGUAGACUUCAUCGGCUCCCAUUUUCGCAUUGAAAAUUGUAAAAAAUCGCUUGUAACCUUUGAGUAAGAUAACUGCUAAUUUUGAAACUUUGGCACCUGGUCCGAACCGCUAAAGCUGCAUUUGGGGGAGCGCUCGGCAGUGCAUCGCAUACUUUAAUCAUAAAAAAAAAAAAAAAAAAAAAAAAAAAAAAAAAACUUUGUUGAUGCGUAAACAAAAUUGUUUGUACAACGUGAAUAUGUUGUUGGUGGUAAAAUUCUGCCCUCCAAAUAAGGUGGAAAUGGUAUAGAUGUGAAUAUACGCGAUUUAAAUUAAAUGGAAAUUGUACGAAUAGUUUAGAAAAUUCCAAUCAGGAAGAGAAAACUUCGGUAAAGCCGUAGUUGGAUUAUGCCGUAGUCACAUUGACACCGUGGUCCAAAGCCAAGUAGUCUGCUUUCCUUGGAUGAUGACGCCCUCGCUUCAAAAUCAAAACCAAGGAUACGUUUUAAAAUGGGCAUACAGAAAGAAAAAAAGAAGAAAAGGAAAGACCAACAAUGUGAUUUUCAGGCAAGGAGAAGAAUGGAGAAAAACCCGUCUAAGCAUUUUCGUUCUUUGUUUAAUCAUUCCCUUCCUCGUUAUAAGUGUCACUUCAUUGUUCGGGUGGAGAGUGUUUUCUGCGUUCGUUCUCGCUUCCGACGAGCCGACUCGAGAGUUGCUCGAGAGCAAACGCGGAAGUGCUGCGAGGGAAACGGGCCGCCGCGACGCGAGAGGCGGCGCCAGCCGAUACUGCCAAGAAGACAAGGCCCCUGCGUGACGUCAUCUUUAGCUCCUAGCUUCCCAAAGCGGCAAACACGCUGAAGAUCGGCGAGAGACGCUGCAAAAUAGCAGACGCGUUCGUCUUGGCGUCGCACCCUUUGUGAGACGCUACGAUUCCGGCGCAAGCUGCGUGGAGACGCUAGUGUCAGGGUGUGAGCGUGGGCCAGGGGUGAGAAGGCGUAGGCCUUGCCUUCCAGCUGUUGUUGCGCCAGCGCUGUGCCGACGCGCGCCGGCACCGAGCACAACUCGGCCGCACUCCGACCUCAUCGGGUCGACCUCGCCGGCUCGCAGUCGACUUCCACGUGCCGCUGUAGAUUCGCAUUCGAGGCCGAUGGCUGUCGAAGCGGUUCGCACGGCGGGAGUGUUCCUGGCCGAGCUGCUGCUCCGGUGGAUGGACCUGGUCACGGACCUGCUGCUCUUCCUGGUCAACCUGUGCAAGAGACGUCGCUCGGUGCCGCCCAUCCGGGACCCGCUGCUUCUCCAGUCGGCCACCGCGCUGGCCGCCAACAUCAGGCAGGGCAAGGUGAGCAGCGUGGACGCGGUGCGGGCGUACGCGUCCCGCGUGUCCCAGGUGGACCCGCUGCUCAACGCGGUGGUGGACGAGCGCUUCCAAGACGCCCUGGCCGACGCCCAGCGGGCCGACGACCUGGCGCGUUCCGGGGCGCUGUCCCAGGACGAGCUGGCCCGCACGAAGCCGCUGCUCGGGGUGCCGUUCAUCGUCAAGAACUCCGUCUCUGUCAAGGGACUGAUCUGCGACGUGGGCGUGCCGGCGUGGCGCGGCCACCGCGGCGACCGGGACUGCGAGGUGGUGUCGCUGCUCCGCCAGGCCGGCGCCAUCCCCGUGGCCACCACCAACACUCCGCAGCUCUGCCUGUGGACCGAGUCCUUCAACAGGAUCUACGGCAGGACCAACAACCCGCACGACACGAGGAGGACGUGCGGAGGCAGCAGCGGAGGAGAAGGCAGCCUCCUGUCGGCGGCCGGUGCCCUCCUAGGCGUGGGCACGGACAUCGGGGGAAGCAUUCGCCUUCCGUCCUUCUACUGCGGGACCUUUGGUCACAUGACCACGCCAGGAAUCGUCUCUAGCGAGGGCCACCGUCACCCGUUCAGCAGCAAGUUCAUGAGGCUCUAUUCGGCGGGGCCCAUGACACGCUACGCCUGCGACUUGGCACCCAUGCUCAAGGCCAUGCUUCCACCGGGGGCGCGCGACAAGCUCGACCUCGAUGCGCAAGUGGACCUGAAGAAGAUUCGGAUGUUCUACGUCGAGGACGAGGGCUGUAGAUUUUUCUCCAGAGUUCACGCAGACGUCACGACAUCUGUUCAGCGGGUGGCGUCCCAUUUCCACGAGGUCCACGGCAUCUCGACGGAACGCAUCACGAUCGAGGCCAUGGCGUGCGGUUUCGAGAUGUGGCUGAGCCUGCUGGCAGUCAGCGAGGGAGACCCACCCACAGCGGCCUUCACAAAUGCGGACGGCUCGCCCAUCAACCCGUGGCUCGAGAUGCUCAAGAGCGCCAUCGGCAGGUCGGCGCACUCAUUUCCCGCCCUCAUGGUGACCAUCCUGGUGAACCACCUGAUGCCCAAGCCGGACUCGUCGUACGUCCGGCGGUACACCACAAUGGCGGCCGAGCUGCGAGCUCGCCUGCAGUCCCUGCUGGGAGACGACGGCGUGCUCGUGUGCCCGACCGCCCUGGAGCCAGCGCCGUUCCACAACGCUCACGCGCUGCGGCCCGGUGCCGUCACCCUGACCGCCCCCGUGAACAUCGCGGGGCUGCCGGCCACCGCCUGCCCCGUGGGACCCACUCGCGCCGGGGACCGACCCGUCGGCGUUCAGGUCGUGGCCGGGCCGUACAGGGACCGCCUCUGCCUCGCCGUCGCCAGCGAGAUCGAGCGAGCCUUCGGGGGCUGGCAGAGGCCGUGCGAGGUUCGCUGCGACGGCUCCUGAAGACGCCUCGGCCGAACUUCGCUGUUUAGUUGGACCAUCUGCGGACUUGGUGUGUUGUACAGGGUCAGUGUUCGCGGGAACGCGCGACAAGUAACGGCGUUACCGGUGAGGCGUUACUUUUUUCUGUAACGUAGUAGAGUACUUGUUACACUCUCAGGUUAGUAAAGGAUAAGUAUAACCAACUUACGGGAGUAAUUUGGGGUAACGGCGAACGUAGUUAAGUAACCGUCGCAUCGUUUUUGCCGAAACUAAAAAAAAAAAAAGACCACUUAAAUUUUUUUUUUUCUGUGUGGUUAUAGACGCCAAGACAUGAAUUCUUUUCAGCAUUUCUUUUAGGAUUUUUACUUUUGUAUUUAAAUAUACCUGUUAAAAAUGUAAUUAUGUUAAGUUUAUGCAUGGAGAUUAUGUUUAUUGAAAUAUGGUGCUUGUGCAUACCUGUAACGUCGGAACAAUUAAAAGUUUUAAUUCGUAAAUACAAAGUAACGCAAAGGAUUUUUUUUUUAUUUGCAACGAUACUCAAAUAGUAAAAAGUGGCACUACAUAUAACUUACGACAUGACAGUUCAAUGCACUAUUACAAAAAUACGUACGAACUAUGGCGAUCAAAGUCUAUCGCACCGAAUCACCCAACUACUAAACCUAGACCCACGAAUAGUUGGUAUUAUCGAAAAAACGAGUUCAAUAGGACUUAUUAAAAUCAAAAUAAAAGUUUAUAUUUUUUUACUUUUAUGUGAUUCUUGGA